UACGGAGUAAUAAUUAUUUGAAAGCAGUGCUUAAUUUGGAUUAAUUAGCUGUUUAAUUAUCGCUUUCAUGUGACAACGAACUAGUCCACUACACCCAGCAAGAAAGAGUUAAAUAAAUAAAGCAAAGCACGCCGACGUAACCCUAGACAAAACACUCUUCGGAUUCCACCGAAAGUCUCGCACUUUUCAGAGCCCAGCGGCGCCGCCUGCAGACAUCGAAACAUGCAGCCGGAAAACACGCCGGCGAGCUUUGACUGGUUCAACAACAUUAACAAUAAUUACCCAGACCACCUUAACAAAAACUACGGACUAAUCUCUUCAUCAACCGCUGGCUUCUUCGAAAUCCCACCGUGCCCGGCCGCCGCCGCCGCAAGUAGAAUUCAAGAAGACAAGAUGAGCUUUUGCCAUAGUGGAUUGGCGUUUUGUGCUGAAAAGGUAUCUUCCGGCAGCACCCCAGAAUCUCGGGCCCUGGAAGCUUCCAAGAAUCACAGGGAAGCAGAGAGAAGACGCAGACAGAGGAUCAACUCCCAUCUGGAUUCCCUCAGAGCUCUUCUUCCCUGCAAUUCCAGAACAGAUAAAGCUUCAUUACUAGCGAAAGUGGUUUCACGGCUGAGGGAGCUCAAAGAGGAGGCAUCUCAACUCAUGCAAACCGAAAUCGGCCUCCUUCCAUCGGAGAACGAUGAGAUAACACUCUCCAGAGACAAUGGAGAAGAAUUCUCCACCGGAGAUAGUGGAAGAUUGAUAAUCAAGGCCUCCUUUUGUUGCGAAGACCGUCUGGACCUUUUCCCCGAUCUGAUCCACACUCUCAAAUCUCUCCAUCUCAGUCCGUUGCGGGCCGAGAUGGCGACUCUCGGGGGGAGGAUCAACAACGUUCUGAUCCUCUCCAGAGAUUGUAACGAACACACUAGUGCGGAUGAGUCCAUAUUGUUUCUCCGAAAUGCUUUGAAGACUGUGGUGAAUCGCAGUGCAUAUGGAUCCGGCAGUACGGAAGGCUGUAAGAGGCCAAGAACAAUGUUGCAUGAUAAUGAUAAUUAUAGUAAUGCUCAGAAUAACUAAUUAAGCUGCUGGGUUUAAUUUUCACUGCUCCGACAUAUACAUGGAUACAACAAGGAGAAUCGAGUUGAGUAAAAAUAUUGUAUCAUCGUAUAGUAUGAUAGUAUCUAUAUCGUCUCCUACAAUAUAUAAUAAUGUAGGUUGCAACUUGAUUAAAUUUAGUAUGUUAUUGAGUGGUGUGAGUUGUAAGUUCUGUUUUUUAUUUAAUUCGUUAAGAAUCACUUGCAUUUUUUUCGUAUAUUGUACUCUCUCCAUUUUAAAUUGUUUUGCAAAG